UCACGUCUCAUCUCGAUGGGUGUGAUUAUGGCCGUAAUGUUCGCCUUCGGCAUGACGGCCCUCCUCUGGUGGGGCUGGCGCAAGGCCAAGGCAUGCUUCUUUCCGAAUUUAAUCGGAAAUCUGGAUACUGGAGGGCAGGAAUUUUCAUACCAGGAGUUGGUAACUGCCACUAACAGCUUCUCCAAGAAACUCGGGGAAGGAGGUUUCGGAGCGGUGUUCGAAGGAAAAAUUGGCGACUUGAUGGUGGCUGUCAAGAAGCUAUCCAAUGCCUCUGAGUCGGUAGAUGGAUAUAAAGCUGAGGUGACCACCCUAAGCCGUCUUAACCACCGAAACGUUGUGCCACUCAUCGGCUGGUGCCACCACAAAAGAUAUCUGCUGCUCGUCUAUGAGUUGAUGCCCAACGGCAGCCUUGACACUCAUCUCCACCCGGAAAAGCCUGUGUUGCCAUGGAUCGACAGGUAUAAGAUCGCGGUAGGCUUGGCUUGUGCCCUUGCAUACAUACACGAAGACUCUAAUGAUAGUCGUUUAGUUAUUCACAAGGACAUCAAGCCAAAGAACAUCAUGAUUGACGAGUCCUUCAACGCAAAGCUGGGCGACUUUGGGCUCGCGCGUUUCGUCAACCGUGGUCAGAGCGCAGAAUUGGAACCUUUGGCAGGCACCUUUGGGUAUAUGGACCCCUAUUCCUACGGAACUAAGUCAGAUAUGUUCAGCUUUGGUGUUGUCUUACUGGUGAUGGGAAGUGGCCGACCUGCCAUCAAAGUAGUCAAGGAUGAUCACGGUACUGUACUGGAGAGUACGCACAUCAAAGACAUAGUGUCCGGUGAGUACGGCAGUGGAGGGGCUAAGGCCGUUUCUGAUCUUCGUCUAGAAGGAAAUUUCGUACCAGAAGAGAUGAAUGCCAUGAUACGUGUCGGGCUCCUGUGUGUGUCUAGCGAUUCGAAUGAGAGGCCGUCAGCCAAGGAGGUCUUUAGGUGGCUAGAUCCACCGGUGUCGCUUGAGAACAUACCAUCCCCUAGGAAUGGUGGAUCUGUUUCAGGUUUCCCGUUCACCACCAACAUUGACGGGGCAUGGUCAGAUAGUAGAGAGGGAGCAAUGUCCUCUCCCCUCCUCGAUUUUCCAUCUCGUGCUGCCAUUCAGGACUCCAACUCCGACCGCUCCACAGCAGCUCUCGACAAUUUUGGGUCAUGGCCAGCGAUGCAAAAGCUGGUGGAAAUGAUUGUCGGAGCUAUGAGUAUGAGGGAAAGAAGCUUCUCUCAUGGGAUUGAGAAACGAAAGCUAGGGAAGAAAGAUAGUAUCGAGGGAACAAUUUCCUCUCCCAACCUCGAUCCUCCAUCUCGUGCUGUCAUACAUGACCCCAAGUCAGACCGCUCCCCAGCAGCUCGCAACAAUGGUGGGUCAUCGUCAGUACCAUCAGGUGAGCUUCCUAUAGCGCAGCAAAAGCUGGUGGAGAUUACCCACCUCUUUACUGGAGGAGCUACGGGGCAAGAAGACUUCGUCUCGGUGUACAAAACGAAGGCUGGGGAGAUGAUCAACAUCUUUAAUGAUAACAAGAUGCUAGGGAAGGAAGAUUGAUUUGAAACACGCCUCAAUCGGCGGUACCUACAGAGAGCCCGUUAUGGCUAAGUCUCAGCUUUAUCUCAUUCCUAUCGCGGAUUAAUGAAAUGAACAAACUUGGUAAUCUACUACCAAAAUGGUUGGAGACAUACUCUAAUGAUCAUACCUCCACCAUUUUUUAAGUUGUUUCAUCUUUUGUUUUUCAAGUUGAAUUAUUGGUAUGGAUUAUGUGUAUCUUUGUUACACAAAGAUCGAGCGUAA